AUGGAGAGAUUCAGUCCACCGGCGGCGUCGUUGAAGAAAAGAAUCAGCCCCCCGAUUGCUUGGAAUAUUGGUCUCACUAGCAAGGAGCCGAGAAUUGUCAAAGUGAUCCUGUUGGGUCAUCAGGGUGUCGGUAAAACGGCUCUGGCUGUGCGUUUCGCGACGAAACGAUACAUCGGCGAAUACGACUGCACCACCGAGAGGCUUUACAAGGUGGACAGUUUCCUGGACGCGGCAUGGGAGAUAACAGAUCCCCCAGGAUAUCUACCGCCGCCGCACGAGUUAAAAUUGCGAUGGGCAGAUGCCAUCGUUCUCGUUUACUCCGUGUCUGAUCGUGUCAGCUUCGACGAAACAUCCCGCCUCCGUUUUCUGGUGUCACACGCGAGGAAGACUAGAAAAGUGCCGCCGAUAGUGAUUUUAAUAGCGAAUAAGGCAGACUUAACGUACACUCCUGGCGAAAGGGUUGUUUCCACUGCGGAAGGGCGUCAAAGGGCUGAGGAAAUCGAGGCUCACGCUUUUCACGAAAUCUCUGUGAGGGAAUCCGUCGAACAGGUCAUGGCCGUUUUCACCGACAUCUUCAAACUGUUGACGGAAUUGCCUGGCAAUUCUGGCAACCAAGCAAAUUCCUUCAGGGUGAGAGCCUCCACUGAUGGGACCUUGAACGCUCUACGACGUCCCUCGCCGAUUCCACUUAAGAGGAGAUUCAGCAUCUCUGUUCGAGGAACGCUUCAUUGA